UAUCUCCAUGAAUUUAACAAGCGAAGAGGUUAGUACCAUUUUUAGAAGAAACAAGAUUAAAAACUAUUUCUGUUAUAUAUAAAUCUUGUAAAUAUUCGGUAGAAUGGCCUUAAUAUCGGCAGGCCGAAGAAUUAUUAAUUCCAGGAAUCUAUUGAUAUCACAUCCCAGAAAUAUUGGUUACAUAGUCUUAUUGCCAGAAAUAGGAGAUGUUUCUACCAAAGAUCAACCACUGCUGAAAGAUAACCUUCCAGAGUUCAACAAUGUAACUAUUGAAAACUGUACAGCUCUUAUUGCUAAACAAGCCUUAGAAUUCGAAAGUGAAGUUAAGAGAAUUGAGAAAGAAAUCGAGUGCGGAAAUGUAAAUAUUGAAAAAGAUGUAAUAGAACCUUUAGAAAUUUCAAGUGCGCCUUUAAACUUAACGUGGGGUAUUUCCAAAACACUUUAUUUAGGAAACAAAACUGGUGUUCCAACAAAAACGUAUUUACCCAUUCAUGAAAGAGCAAGACAAGCACGAAGCGCAAAAUAUAAUAGCCCCAAAAUUUAUGGAGCAAUCAAAAAAGAAAUUUCUGAAGGGAAUGAUCAUGAACCUGAAUUGAAACGUGUCUUGGAAAAGUUUCAUAUUGAAGGUAAAUUGAAUGGGUUGGAUUUGAGUGAUGACAAAAAAGAAGUUCUGAAACGAAGUUUAGUUAGACUUUCAAAAGAAAAACAAAUUUUCAAGCAGAAAAUUGAACAACAAACUGAUAAUUUUAGCCAUACCAUACAAAACUAUCAAAAUGUAAGAGAUUUUCCUGAGGAUUUACUCAAAGCAAUAUCUGUAGAUUCAUCAAAUUAUUUAAGAGGUCCGUGGAAAGUUACAUUACAACCUAGCAUUUAUUCACAAACAAUGCAAUACUGUCCAGAUCGUGAAAUAAGAUGGAAUUUAUGGCAAGGUUCAGUGAACCGAGGAUCUGGGUUUUUAGAAAAGGAUAAAUUCACAGGUUUACAUUUGGAAGAGAUUAGAAAUCGCAGACAAGAGAUUGCUCAAUUAUUAGGUUAUAAAACAUUUGCUGAUAUGUCUAUGGAAACAAAAAUGGCUGGCUCUGUUGAAAAUGUUAGGAAUAUGAUCAAUAAUCUAUUAGAAAAAGCUAAACCUGCCCAGAAUGAAGAAUUGAAACAAUUAUUUAAAUUUGCAACUGAAAAUGGUUUUGAAUACUCGAAAUUAGAAUUAUGGGAUGUUCCAUAUUGGAGGAAAAGACAACAAUUAUCUGAGUAUAAAUUCAACCCUGAAAAUUAUAAGAAGUAUUUUCCAUUUCCUACUGUCCUUGAGGGAAUGUUCAAGCUAUGUGAAAAAUUGUUUGGUGUAGUCAUUAAGCAAAGAAAUGAUGUUUCAACAUGGAAUAAAGAUGUUAAAUUUUAUGAUAUUCUGGAAAGUCAUUCCAGUGCUCCAGUUGCUGGAUUUUAUCUGGAUUCAUAUAGAGAAAAAGAUAAUGAAUUACAUAAUAUAAAUAGUAAUGGGUGGAUGGUUGCCAUCCAAAAUAAAAGUUCUGCCUGUAAUCGAAUACCCUUAGCAUCUUUAAUUUUCAAUUUUGAGCCAUUGAAAAAUGGAAAACCACCCUAUUUAGAUGUUGAUAGUGUCUAUAGUUUAUUUUAUCGAUUUGGAUUGGCUUUGCAACAUUUACUGACAAGAGCUUCUUUUGAGGAAGUAUCAGGUCUUUCAAAUAUUGAGUGGGAUAUGGUUGAAGUGUGUGGACAUGUUUUCACACACUUCCUUCAUAAUAAAGAUGUUAUAGAAAGCAUAUCUUGUGAUUUGGAAACAGGUGAUAAAUUGCCAGCAGACCUUUUUAAGGAUAUGUGUGAUGUUAAGAAACACAUGGCAGGUUCAGACUUGUGCAGAGAAUUAUAUUUUUCUGCCUUAGAUGUAGAACUGUAUUCCAAAGAAGACCAUUGGUUGAAGAUAACUAGAAACUUAUGGCCUCAAUUUAUUGAUUUUCCUUUGGAUAAAAAUGAUUCUCAUCCAUGCUCAUUCACACAAAUUUUCACAGAAGAAUGGGCAGCAGCUUAUUACUCACACAUUUGGUCAAGGGUAAUAGCAGCAGAUAUUUAUAGUGCGUUUCAAGAAAUGGAGGGAAAUGAACAGGAAUUCAUAAGUGUUGGUAAAAGAUUUAGAGAAACAUUUUUGGCAUUAGGGGGCAGUGCACAUUCAACAAAAAUAUUCAGACAUUUUAGAGGCAGAGAUCCUUGUCCUAAAGCAUUGUUGAAUAAUUUAGGAUUGAGUAAUGGUAAUUAAAGUGAAAGAGACUGAAUGUGAUGAGAACCUGUACUUGUGUUUCCUGAAAUGAUUCAUUUCUAAUUUAUGUUGAUGAUAUUACAAUAUAUUCUGUGAAAACAA